AUGGAUUUAUUUACCGAGGAAAUGUUUUCUACGAACUCGUUAACAAAUAACGAAGGUUGUUUAGAAGAAACAUCCAAUUCAGUUGAAAAUAUUCAACGAAAAUUUUCUGAAACAGCACCACUAUCUUUACAGAACCAAUUACAUCAGUCUUCAGAAAAUAAAGAGUACAAUUUGAAUUUAAUCUCCUGUAUUACUGAGUCUGAUGAUAAAGAGAAUCAAGAAUCUACUGGAUCAAGAAGAAUGUUGAUUCCUUAUGAAAUUAUGAGUAAUCAUGAAUGUUUACCAGAAAGUCAAUAUGAAAAUGAUCUGUGUUUUCCAAAUUCACUUGAUCAUUAUGAUUUUUGGACAUUGAAUAACAGUUUACAUUCACCAUGGCCAUCAAUUGAAGUAGACCAACUAGCAAAUUGGUUGAUUGAGAUGAAGUCAAUGAUUGUAAAAAAAUCAUCUACUUUUCCAAAGUCAAUAUGUACAUUAUCACAUUCCUUUUCGUCCAACUCUUCAUCAUCAUCAUCAUCAUCAUCAUCAUCAUCAUCAUCAUCAUCAUCAUCAUCAUCACGUUCUUCGUAUUCUUCUUCUUCUUGCUCUUUUUGUUCUUCUUGUUCUUCUUAUCCUUCCUCAUCAUCUUCAGAAUUUACUAGACCUAAUGAAGAACAAUUGAAUGGUAAAUGUAAUAAGAAAUCAAAAUGUUUACUUGACCUUAGAUAUAAACAUAAACUUCCAAAUCAACAAAAGAUGAUCACUUUAUCAAAGUCGAAAAUGAAUCCUAAACAUUUCGUGAUUAUCGAUUGCCGUUAUCCAUAUGAAUAUAAUGCUGGACAUAUUUAUAGUGCUAUUAAUUUAUCAGAUUGGCCAAAUCUUUAUAAAUAUUUUUUUGGUAUAAAACAACAAUCUAUUGAAACUACUGAAAUGGAUUUAAGUAACUCAUUAUAUUCAACGGAACAACUGAUUAUUCCAAAACCAUCUCAUACUAUAUUUAUAUUAUAUUGUGAAUUUUCUACAAAACGUGCACCACAAUUAUUUUAUCUUUUACGCAAUCAUGACAGACUAUUACAUUUCACUUCAUAUCCUGCAUUAAAAUAUCCAUUUGUUUAUAUAUUACAUGGUGGUUAUUCAACUUUCUAUAAAAAUUAUCCUUAUUUAUGUGAACCUUGUAAUUAUUUACAAAUGCAUAGUAGACCAGAUCUUUUAAGUAUUUGGCAUAAACAUUGUAAACUGGUUAAUAGACAAUCAAUGAAUUCUAAUUCACAAGGAUAUCCUGAUAAAAAUCAUAAUGAAAUGUUAAGCACACACACACACACAUCAAUCAAUCAACGAAUAGAAACAUUAAAUAAUAUAAGUCAAUUUCAUCACAAUAAUGAAGAUCAAUUGAUUAGGUCAUGUGUGUCAUUUUUAAAAAGAAAAUUUAAUCAAUCUAUUAGCUUGAUUAAUACUUAA